UCCAAGCAUGAUGCUGAGCGUGGGCCGACUGCGCGUGAGACAGACUUUACCACUCACGGCGUGGACGCAGUCGGGCGGGCCAUACAGAAGACGCGGUGGCUAUCAUUGGUUCUUCGCAAUAAUAUCUUUCGAGAAGUGUAGUCCGACAGACAGGUACUGUAUUCGAGAUUUCGACAUGAAUGGCAGGCGCAACGUUGUCCCGCUCAAGCUCAAGCUUGAGGAGAGCGGGGGACAGCGGAAUCUAGAGAGGAUGCUAACCGGUGAUGCUGACACUUUCGACUGAGCCGACCGCCGCGCGACGAGGUUCCAGACCUUGCGAGUUCCACCUUACCUACAAUAUAAAGAGUUUCAUAAUCGCACGACUCGAUUUCCAAGAACCCAAGAUGGCCAACAUUGAAGCAGAAGGACCUGAUGUAUCAGGCGAGAUUCCGCAGGUGCCCAUCACCUUCGUCCCUGCAACAGAAGGCGAGAUAUUUGCUCUAGGUCAAAUGACUAUCAGAAUUAUGGAAGAUGGCUCGAGAACAGACAAUCGAAUUGGUACUGUAGAGUUGACUGUCCCGGCCAACACUCCCGGUCCACCUCCUCACUGGCAUGAGAUGCAUGAUGAAACCUUCCUCGUAACGGAAGGCACCAUCAGAUUUACCUGGUACACAUCUACAGCAUCAGAGCCGACAAAGACAAUCGAUGCACACGCUGGCGAUUACGUUGUUGUGCCCAUAAGAGCUCCUCAUACGUUCUCCAACCCGACCGACAAGCAAGCCAAGUUUGUCAACACCUUCACUCCUGCAUUUUACGUCAACUACUUCAAGCUCUUGGCGAAAUACAUUGGUGAUGGGAAGGUUAUGACACCGGAGGCCAACAAAAAAGCCAUGGCAAGCUAUGCGACCAUUCCAUUGCCAAAGUGAGCGUAUAGGCGAUAGAGCGCGUUCUUGCGAUCCUGAGCUGAGCACGUCAAACUUUCAGACCUUUUUUUUUUCUUUCUAGAUCUUGGUCUUUUCAUUGUAUUAUGAGGUGUUGUUUGCGCUGGAUUGUCAAGAAAGGUUCUCAGGUUGAAUCGAUCAUCUACUAAGGAGAAAGUCGUCGUAUGUGUACGCGAAUCAAUAGAACAGUCAAGUCUGGCCAGCAUUCUCCAUGGCGGGCGGUUCAAUACCUUAUAAGCAGCAUCUGUAGGCCCUCGGGCACCAUCUCCUGUAGUCUCGUCUAGUUAGAAUAAGGUAAUCUCCUGCAUAUUACAUGGCUCUCGACCGUACGAGAAUACGGGGCAGGAGAUAGUCGUUGUGGCGGAGUCGGCAGUGGAUUCAAGACGUCCGAGAUGAGUGUUGAUCUUGUGCACGGGCCCG